AUGGCCGGUGCCAGGUCAAACCCCGGUCGGCAGGGUUCGGACUCCCUGUCGGCCCUCCACUGGGCCAUCUCCCACCUCUACCGCGAGGGCGAGUCCUCGCUGGUCAUCCUGCACGUGGUGCCCGACGUGUACGACUCACCUGCCCCCGGGUCCAUUUACUACGAGGAGACGGCCGACCCGGAGCUGGAAGCCGCUCUGGAGGCCGAAGCACGGGCCUUCCUGGAGGAGCAGUUUGUGUCCCGGGCCGCGGCGGCGGGCAUCCCGGCGCGCGUGGUGCUCGUGCGGGAGGGCAACACGCGCCACGUCGGCUGGGCCGUCGCCAAAGCUGCCGAGGAGCUGCAGGCCUGCCCGCUGGUGCUGGCCAAGCACAACCAGAGCGCGUGGGAGGCGAUGUUCCUUGGCUCGGUGGCCACUUUCUGUGCCGCACACUGCAAGCAGCCGGUGCUCCUCAUCCCACCCAUCACCCAGAAGUGA